AUGGUUGGAACCAAGAACGACGUACUAAAGGUCGUUGGUCGUGUUGGGGUCACUCGAAGGACCAGAGCUUCCCAGAGGAAGACACUCCAGGGGAAGACUCCUUAUGAGAUACCAUUACUUGUCCUCAUUUAUACUCACUUGAUGUCCUCAUUCCUCUAUUUCUCUCAAUAUACCAUAGGAAAACAAGCGAUAUCACCCAACACGUUGCUCUCUUGGGCCAAAUCCGGAUCCAGUAGCCGCUCUUCUACUGAGAAAGAUGGCUGCGAGCUCCAAGCUGGACAGGCUGAGAUCAUUGUUCCAGUACUCAAAGAUGACCUGCUGGAGCCAUACGGUCAACCUCCAGUGUGGGCUGAGGACCGAGUUGUUCUUGGAGAUGCUCUUCCCUGGUUCCAUUCAGUACAGGGAGGCUGCUACUACCUUGACAACAUCUGCCGCGGUGUACUCAUUGAUGGAGACUGCGGGGAUAGAUCAUACAUAGACGAUGAGGUUGUGAUCACCAGAGUGAAAAGGGGCGGCUCAUGCAAGAAAACGAAGGAAGGCAGGCUGGUCAUGAGCAAAGACCAUGAUCCGAACGGGCCCAUUCUUCGCUCCCUCAUCAACUCUAUGAGGCUUGAGAUCCCUGUUGGCCUCAUACUAGGGAGCAAGAACGCGGACUGUCGCACCAAGGUCCCGUACAAUUUCAAUGUCCUGGACUUCUUCAGAAUCACAGACAUCUGGUUUGAGCAAGUCGGAAAGCACAAGGGCGCUCAGAUGCGCUUCGAAAAGAUCAACCUCGCGACAAAAAGCUGGUGGUCUCCCAAGGGUUCUCCUGACCCUGUCCCCCUUGAACAACGCGAUUCUGUAACUCCAGCACCAGAUCCUAUCUGCCUCUCUUGCUCAAUUGGGACCGCUCAAGUGUUUGCUCAAGGCUGGAUGUGUCUUAACCCGCAGUGCGCUGAACUCUGGAAGAUAGAAGGAUCACUGCCGCCAUCCCAGCUCACGUUUGCCCCUGAGUUUCUCACAAAGCGGUCCGAACCAAAGAAUGCUGUCCUGCCUCCUUGCAGCUUGGUACCGGACCUCCUUUCAACUUUCUCCAAUGAUCAAACGGAUGUCACUGGCACACGCAUGGCAUGGAAGGGCAUCGUUUGCCCGCAGUGUAGAGCGUGUAUUGCCCGAAUCCAUUGGAGACGAUGGGAAUGUUCGACGGCCGGAUGUGGAUUUCAAUACAGCCCACCUAUUAACCAUGUCUCGUUACGAUCCGUACUGCCUGAUUUAGAGAUGAGUCCAUCUGGUCACAGACUACCAACUGUUCCUAAGGAUAUCAGCUCAAUGCCAAUGAUCCAGUACAUGAAGAAUUACCGAAAGGACACCUUUGUCCUUCCGGGUGCCGGCAUAGUGACCCAUUUUGCAGCUAACCGAACGGUAAACAGCCGUCCUGGUGGGCCUGACGACCUCUUCAGCCUGAUGCAACGUGAAGAUCUAGGCCUCAGACGAUACCCGAUCUCUCCUUGUGUUGGUAAGUUUCCCCUUUCAUUCUUUCUUCUUAUUCUUUCUUCUUCUAUUCCUUCUCUUGGAACGCUUAAAUUCGCUGGAACCCUGACUUCUCACUUCGCUGUCAACUAUGGAAUGCCAUAUAAGUAUAUCGUGAGCGUGGACUCUCGACCAUUUAACACCGCUCCACCGGUUAUCAUCAGUGCUCUCGAACGUCUAAAAUGGGCCACACGGCAUACAGUGGACGCUAAUGCCUUCCAAAUGCCCAAUGAGCUCCUUGCUCUUGGAUACUUCGAGGACAUGUCGAUUGGGUACCAUGAUGACGGCGAAUCGUCUCUGGGGCCAACAAUAGCCACCCUUUCACUCGGGGCUCCGGCAACCAUGCUCAUACGCAUGAAGGACGAGUACUACAAUGGCUUCCGCAAGAGAGAUGGUAAAGACAAGGUAUAUCUGCAGCACGAUCCUGUCCUUCCAGGCUGCGCAAACGAAGAAGCAAGAGCCGAGCUUGCACGGAAGUUCAACGCCAAAGAAAUUACUUCAGAACAGUACUUGGCUGCUCGACAGGCUCUGCCCACGUCUAGAAGAGAGGCGCCUCCGAUGUGUACGAUGGCACUUAACCAUGGCGACCUGGCUGUGAUGCAUGGACCGGAUCUACAAAAGUACUACGAGAGCAUUGGAAGGGCGAUUAUGACCCGAUCCCGGAAUUCGAAUACGAUGGAGAUGAGACUUGAAGACAGUGACUUGCUCUAUCCAGUAUUCCAUCGAAAAUUUCAGAAAGGGGCCAUUGAGAUGGUACCUACCCACCACUCAUGGUAUACAAAGGAAAUUAUUAAAAUUUGCGCGUCUUUUACAGGCCAGAGCAGCUACUGGCCUAUCUUCGGCAGAGCACUCACUAAAUGGCAUGCAUUGAUUGAAGCAGUCCAAGAUCCACCAUCCCCGGAAAUUAUAGGUGGUGAGGAAGAAUGGGAGGUGGAGGAAAUCUUGAACUCCCGAAUUACCGGGCGGAAGAAGCAGCUUCAAUAUGGAGUCAAAUGGAAGACAAACUGCAGCCAUGGUCAUGGAGCUUUCAACCCCUUGAUACCUUUUGAUAAAUCUUUCCUUGAAAGGACCACUGCCUCCACACAUUGGAAAUACGCGACAUUCCGCGAAGAACCAAAUAACAUCGGCCUACAGGCACAGUUGUCCGCGCGAGCCAAAUAUGGAGUUCAGAAUGAAUGGGAACCUGCACAAUUUCAUCUACGGAGUGGAGUGAAUCAUGCAAUUUGCCUUCGAGAUGAAGCGAAUAUUCGACAGGGAUCAAGCGGUACUACCUCUUACCGAACUCUGAUGUUUCCUAUAUCAUGA